AUGGGUUUCCUGUCCAAUUUCUCCAUGCAACAGGCCAAGGAGGUGUUGCAGAAACAUCUGGGGAGAAAAAGAAGAAAAAAGAAACUGCAGGCCCCUCGGCUGUCCGAAGAUACCAUGGGACGUAUGGUGGUGCGCAGCAUGGGCGGGUUCGCCUUGGGGAUGACCAUUGCCGCGAUCUACGGCGCAUUGGUCAUUUUUGUCCAGGGUUACAACAUCUGGUAUUGCCUCGUAUCAACGAUCAGUCUGGCAGCCGGCCUCGGCUUCGGCAUGGCCUUCUCGUACAAAGUGAGGGUGACGGUCUUGCUCGUACUGCCCCAGAUGUUCUCGAGAGAAAGCAAAACCAUGCUGCUACUCCUCGCGUUCGGCCUGGCCAUGCAAGGACCCUUUGCAAACAUCGUGCGGAACUUCACGCGGGCUGCAGAGACCGUGUCGUGUGGCGCCGAGCUCGCUCUGAACCAGACUGCGGAAAUGCUGCAGAGAGCCCGCCAGCCCCUGCUCACUGCAUUACAGAAAAUCAAGGCUAUCGCCAAGAAGGCCAAAGUGGUUGGUGACCGCGUCCGAAAGCUUUUCCGGGCCGUCAUGGACUCGGUGCGGCAUGUUGCCCACUGCCUCCGGAACGUAUGGUACUGGCUGGUAAACCUGGGUGAGGUCUGCAACCAGGAGCUGGGCACCCCCUACCGCAAGUGCGUCCGCCUCUUCGACAACGCCAAGGAUGAAUGCGAACGGGCCAUCCCCUUCCUUUACUUGCUCUGCUACAUUGUGGUUCUCUUCAAGCCCCUCUGUGGCCUGGCAAACAUCCUUCUCGUCUUCUGUAUCAUCCCCCAGUAUAUCGUGCCAUUCUUGCGCCGCAACGUUGGAGCUCCCAUCUCCAAUGUGCUCAACCGCAUCCGGCAAGAGUUCGAAUUCAACAUCACCACUGUACACCAUUACGAUGUCACUAUCAACGCCAGCAAGAGCCUCUCCCAGGUUGCCUUCGACAUCAUGGAAGAUGUGUCAAUGCGGCUGCAGCCGGUGCAGGAGGCCGUGGGGCUUUUUGGCUACAUGUCCACCUUGGUCAUUCUUUAUAUCUAUGUCAAAGCUCUGCUCUACCGGAAGUGUUACUUGCACGAAGACAGCUUUGACAACAUCUACAUCACAGAACAGUUCCUGGAAAUGGAUGCCAUGCGGAGACAGCACCACAGACCCACUGUCCUGCCGUUAUCUGCGAAGGAGAGCGCAAAAUACAUCCGUCCAGCCUCGCUCGUACUACCCCGCCACGAACGGCUGCGCUACGCCCUGGCCUUGUCCUCCAUCUUCCGCCAACUCAUCAUCGUGACCCUGCUGAUCGUCUCCGAUUACUCGGUCUUCUGGCUCUUUGACCUGGUGCGGUAUCAGCUGCACGGCGAAAUAGUGGCAAGGGCCCCCGUGACAAUGACUGUCAGCGUGAAGGGUGAAGGCUACUCGGGUGAAAUGUACCGGGACAUGGUCUCGGCGUUCGACGUGCUGCAGCGAGGGAACAUCAGCGUGCUGUCACGGAAAUGCCGCUUGCACCCCUCUGAGCCUGAUUAUGGCGGCUACCUAAUUAUCGGUCUCAUGUAUGGAACCUGCUUAUUCAUUGCCGCCUGUGGCAGCUAUGUGCAGCGUCUGCGACGGGUUGUGUGCGCCUGGUACUACCCUUCCCGUGAGCAGGAGAGAGUUUGCUACCUCUACAACACCAUUCUGACCCGAAGGACGAGUCUAGUCAGUGCGGUGCUGAAGGCCGUGAGGAGGCACUCUGUGGAUGGAGGCCACACUAACCUCUUUCUCAUCCUGGCUGCCAAGGUUCCUGUGCUUGCCUGGCUGGUCAAGAGGCUUGGCGUUCACCAGUCUUACUGCAUGGGCUGUGGGAGCGUCCGCGAAGGCACAUCCAGCCAGGAUUUUGUCACUUGCAUCACACCUGGUUGCCAAGGUAUCUACUGCCCCAAAUGCUACCAGCUCCUGAACAACAUCUGCUCCAUCUGUAUGGGACCUCUGACCUAUCAGGGAGAUAUGGACGAGGAGAUUGACUCCAGCGAUGAGGAGGCCAUGGCCCUGCAGAUGGAGGCCGUGAAGGCUCUCCGGGGGGAGCCAGGGGAGGACCGGCAGCAGCAGCGGCGGGAGCUGAAGCGCCGCAUCAAGCGGACCAUGGAAGGACGGGGUGCCUGCCGCCGCUUGCCCCCCGAGGUGGCCCGGAAAACCCUCGAGCAGCUGAAGGAAGAAGAGAGCAGCUCCAGCGAGGACAGCGAGGCAAGCAGCCCAGAAGAAGGCGGCACCUCCAUCUCGGGCUCUCCCUCCAGCAGCCUGGAUUUCAGCUAUCAAGACCAGGCAGAGGACAGCAGCAGUGAGGGAUCUCCAGAGGCAUCCGAGGAGCUGGAAGAGGUGAAAUCUGAUGGAAGUCCCUUGAAAGAAGAGGCAAAAACCAAUAGAAGCCCCUUGCAAGAAGAGGCAAAAUCUGAGGGACACCCCUUGCAGGAGAAAGAGGAGGUGAAAUCUGAUAGGCGUCCCAUGCUGGAGAUGGAAGAAGGACGUCUAAGGGGGCCAGUGUACACCAAGGGGAACCGCAACGGACCACAGCUUUCAAGUGCCUGA